CUAAGUUCUAGCUUUCCUCUUCGUGAGACGCCCUGCUAAAGCGCCGACCAUGGCGGUUCCUACUAUAACUUUCUCUAAUGGAAAAGCGAUUCCUGCCGUAGGGCUAGGGGUCUGGCGGGCGGAGAAGGACGUACUGGCCUCGACUAUCGCGGCCGCCAUCGACGCGGGCUACCGCCACUUUGACUGCGCAGCUGACUACGGCAAUGAGGCGGAGGUUGGGGCAGCGCUGGCUGGGGCCAUUGAGAGCGGGCGGGUCACCCGCGAGGAGCUGUUCAUCACCACCAAGCUAUGGAACUCGGACCACGGCCACGUGGCGGAGGCGCUGGAGCAGAGCCUGAAGAACCUGCGCCUUACUUACGUGGACCUGUACCUCGUACACUUCCCCAUCGCCACCAAGCACACGGGCAUUGGGGUGGGCGGCAUCGAGAAGGACGGCAACGGCGUGAUGAUCCUGGACACGAGCGUCAGCCUGGAGCAGACGUGGCGGCACAUGGAGGCCGCUGUGGACGCGGGCAAGGCGCGCAGCAUCGGAGUCAGCAACUACGACGUCUUUCUGGUGCGCGACCUGCUGAGCUACGCGCGCAUCCCGCCCGCCACGAACCAGAUCGAGACGCACCCCUACUUCCAGCGCGACUCGCUGGUGCGCCUCUGCCUCGCGCACGGCAUCGCCGUCACCGCGCACACGCCCCUCGGCGGCGGCCAGGCCAACGCGGACCUCUUCGGCUCCGCGUCCCCUCUGGACGACCCGGCCAUCCUGGAGUUGGCCAGGAAGUACAACAAGACCCCUGCCCAGAUCGUCCUCAGAUGGGGUCUGGAACGACAGACGAUUGUCAUCCCCAAGAGCACCAAGCCCGACCGAAUCAAGGAGAACAUUGACAGUGUGGACUUCAGCCUGACGCCAGAAGACAUGGCGCGCAUCAAGAAGAUUGACCGGAACAAGCGGAGCAAUGACCCCCAGGGAGCCUGGGGCAUCGACAUCUACGCAUAGAAGCAGAUAUUGGCAAUGAUAAGAGCAGAGAUGUCCUAAACAAUGAUGGACGAAAGAUGAGCUCAAUCUCAACAACUACCUCUUCGACAGGGCAUUUGAGUUGAGUGGUGUUUGGACACUUUGACCUUCUCAACCUUGACAGUUCGAGUUGUGGUCACGUUGACGGUCGGAUUAGUCUCGGGUCCCCCAACUCGGGAUGCCAGCGAUCGACGAUGCCAGCCCGGGCCACUGUGGAUCAACGGCAGCCAGAUCCUACUUUAUAUACAUAAUCAGCUGAUUCCGAC